GAUGGAUUCUUAACCGGACAUCUAAAAAGAAACAGUUCGGGUUUGUCCGGUUGUUAUGGAGCCUGGGAGCUUAGAUGAUCUACAGCCUCAGGAUGUCUCCACCUCCAGCAUGCCCACUGUGAUCGACCUGAGCAGGAGAGAGGAGGAACAUGUCCUCGCCUCAGCACCUCACGAUGUCCUGCGAAUGGUCAAGAGCCCUGGCUGGUACCCAGACUCCAGGACCACCACUGAGACUGGUUCUUCAGAUGUCACGCUUCAAGCAGGGGAACGAGUUCAACCAGACAAUGCCUUAUCCCACACUACAGUCACCGUGUCUUACGUGAGCAGGUCUCAUGUCUUCUCCACUCACAGCUCCUUAUCUCAACAUAUGCCUCUUUACACCGUGUCGCCUAUCAGCAAGUUUUCCUUCCACCCUCUUGGUGACACAGAUAACGGGCCCAGCGAGACCAGCUAUACACUGAACCAGGACUGCUUGGAGCAGAUGCAGGAGCCCCUAAACCUAGCCUUGCAGAGUGAACCUGCUCACCCGUUUUCUCUGGCUCAGUCUGGACCAGACACUGAUGUGGGGACAAGCUUUGCUCCGGAGCCUCUUGGGUUGAACGGUGGAAACAUUUCUAGUGAUGGCUUCUUGGAAGAGCUGUUAGGAGACAACGAGCAGCACAAGUUUCCAGAGAACAAGAAGAACGGUUUGGAGAACGUUCAGCACAAUGGCUGGUCAAGUUCCGGAGCACUUAGCGAAUCUUCACCCGAGGUUCCUGUCAGAGAGGAGGAUGAUGAGAGAGGGAGCUCUGAUGUGCUCUUCGUUAUGUCUCAGAAGCAGGACUCGGACAGCACAGGUGCCAGAGGUCUGUGUUCUCUAAGCAAGGACUACAGGAGUCCCCUGGAGGACCCCGUCUCCCCAUCUGCUACCUCACUGGACGAUGUGACAGAUGUGUUCCUGCUCCCUCAGGCCUCCAGCUCACCCAGCGCUGAUGCCUCUUACCCCGAGAGAGAUGAAGGGGGCUUGGAAAGGAACUCAAAGAAGGAGCCAGAGCCUUCUCAGCCUGGACCGUCAGUGGAAAUGAAAGUGCCAAAGUUUUCACCCCCUCUGCCACCAUCAAAUCCUCCAAAGAACAACCCAGGCAAAACCAAAAGGAAAUCUCCUGGUAGCAAAGUGUCUCCCACUGCCAAGACGAAGCCAGCUCGGACUCCUAAACGGAGGCGGAAGAAACCCAGAUGGAGCCAGACCUCAUUGAUCUUUGCUCCAAAGGAGCCAGAGAUCAAGCUCAAAUAUGUCAACUACAAGGAGGACAAGAGGGACCCGAGGUUGGACGCUUUCUCUCCGUUUGUUCACGUCGAGCGUCAGGAGUCGUCGCCGUCGCUGUGCGCUCUGAUCAACUACCCCGAGGAGGUGAAGACGCCACCUAAGAAGGGCCAGCAGCAGGCUUUUAUUUCUCCAGCUGUACCCAGCACUUCCUGUCUGCGUCUGGGCCGGCCAGCCAAGCACAGCCAGCAACAGCGAGCGCUCGUCUGCUGCCUGUGUGGCCUCUCGGCCAACGCCGUGGACUUGGGAGACCUGCACGGACCCUAUUACCCCGAAGGUUACCGACCAAACACCAAAGCACCAUCCAGCGGUCUGAGCCUCAAGGAAGAUGAGGACGACUUCAGUGAUUCGGACUCUUCGUCCUGCAGCGUGAGGGCUAGGUCGUGGGCCCUCGUGCAGGCAGCUCAGCCGAAGCAGAAGGGCCUCCGAGGGGGCCGCAGCCCAGCAGCUAAACGGUCACGGUCUGAUACCGGCCCAGCAGAUGUGCAGGACUGGUACAGCCCGCCUGUGCUGCCUCAGGAGCUCUGCGAGUACUGGCUCCACGAGGACUGUGGCAUCUGGUCUGCAGGCGUGUUCCUGGUGAAGGGCAGAGUGUACGGGCUGGAGGAGGCUGUGAAGGUGGCCCAGGAGACGGUAAAGAUGCUCAUGUAG